AAAGGAAAUAUACACAGUAGUGAGUCUUCAAGAGCAUCACUAACCACCUUCAAGAAUUUCUCAAGAGAGAUCAUUCAUCGCAAUUUCGGAGAAAAUGUCAGCUAAGAAACCCAUAGCGAUAAAACUGCUAUGCCCUUCACUGUCGAAAGUAGUCCGACUUCUAGUUGCUUCGGAUGAACAGAGAAUCGACCUGGGCUCCAUAGCUCGAGAUUUUGGGCUCGACCCAUCGACGAUCAAGUUGAACGGUCACUUUAUAAGUAGAGGCGUCGACCUCGUUGCCUCCUCUGUUACUUGGAAGUCUCUCCUCUCUUUCUUCUCUGCUAAAGGAUUGCCCACUGGGAAAGACGACGGUGAUGCUCUUGAUGUCACCGGCAAACUCUGUAAAGCUGGGAAUAAACGAGGGCAUGACUCACAAUAUGCUGGAAAUGAGGUUUGUAAAGAGAUAGAAGGUGAGAAUUUUGGUAGCAGUGGAGGGACUCAGGAAAUAAUCGACUUGCUUAAGAAUAAGAAGUUCAGAGAAAGCAACCCAGUUAUCAUGAAUGGCCUAGGCUGCAAGAGAAAGCAACUAUGUGAAGAUUCCAACCUAUUCAAGAAGCUAAAAAUAAAUGAUACGACAGAUAGUCAAGAUCAAGCAAGUGUUCCUGCCAGUGACAUUUCAGGCAACCAGUUUACAUGCAGAAAUGCAAAUAAGAAUCUGAAGCGGAUAAGAGACGAGGCAAUUGUAGCUGCUCAUUGUAAAAGGAUUAGAUGAAUUCUCAUUUUAUUAUCUAAGUACAAUUUACCUUCUUUUUUUUUGGGUAUAUUAGGAGAAUUUGAACUUUUAAUCGUUGCCCAUGCCCCAACCCGCUUCAUUCUUGUUAUUGGAGCUCCAUCAAGUAGCUCCUAUGAUUUUCUUCCAAAUUUGUUAUUUUGACGGACUCACCAUACAUCGCCAUUAUGUACAUCAGCCUGUACAUUCUAAGUUGAAGUGAAAGCUGUAACUUUGAUGCUC